AUGCAAAGACCUGAUCCGACGGCGCCGCUCAACUAUGCGAACCAAGGCAACAUCAUCGUUAUUUCAGGUAUCGCAUUGACUGUGCUGGCAGUGUUCUCGUCGGGGCUGCGCUUCCAAACGCGAAUCUUCUAUUCCAAGUCCUUCAGCUGGGAUGACGGGUUCUUGGUGGUUGCUGUGACUGGGGUGAUUUUGACUCUCGCCUUCAACCUGCUAGCUGUACGGUAUGGCUACGGGAGGCACGUCGCGACGCUGCUAGUAACAGGCCCCGAUCCGGCCGUGGCGCUCAAGUACCAGAUUGUGUCCGAGGCAACCAACAUGUUCGCGAUGAUGGCGCUCAAAGUGAGCUUAGGGAUGAGCUUUGUGCGGCUGCGACUGGGCGAGAGAAUAACAUGGGGCAUCUACGUCACAGUGGCGAUUGCACUGCUGUGCAAUCUGUGCGCGCUGAUCGCGAUCCUGGGCCAGUGCAGGCCGAUGGAGCGAGCGUGGAACAUGGGGAUACCCGGAAAUUGUUGGUCAAAUGAGGUCAAGACAGUGACCUGGUACGUGCAGUCGGCCGGCAACAUACUAUCAGACCUGGUCUUCACUAUUGGCCCGCUGGUAUACUUGUCGAAGAUCAAAGUGUCUCGGUAUCACCGGUGGGCGCUGCGAGGUGUCUUCUGCCUUGGCCUGCUUGCCACGGGUUGCGGUAUCGUCAAGACGGUCGAGCUGCGGCAGCUGCUGUUGGGUGGUGACCCGACGUGGGACACGAUUAACUUAACGGUGUGGUACACAGCGGAAAUAGCGACUGGCAUAUUUGCAGCAUCGCUGCCAGCGCUUAAGGCGCGCUUCGAGGCGCUGCUCUUCUACAUGUUUCAUAUCAAAGCAGGUUCGGGAUACCGCUCGGGGCCGCUGUCGCAUACAGGCACCGCAAUUACACGCACGGGGAAGAGCCAGACAUAUAUUAUGGAUAGGGAAUUAGCUGAUCUGCGCAACGGGACCAACCGUUCCCAGUUCAGAAACGACGACUGGGCCAGCGAUCGGCAGAUCCUGCACUCUUCUCCACAAAUCUUCGCGGAGGAGAGGCGGAGCUCGUAA